GAGCGAGACAGUUCCAAGUUUUGAUUUUGUGGUGUGCAGAUCGGUCUAAAUUAAAUAAAAAGCUACAAAAUGUGUGACGAUGAUGUUGCUGCAUUAGUUGUUGACAAUGGAUCCGGUAUGUGCAAAGCCGGUUUCGCUGGAGAUGACGCUCCACGCGCUGUCUUCCCCUCCAUUGUUGGUCGCCCACGUCACCAAGGUGUCAUGGUCGGUAUGGGACAAAAAGACUCAUAUGUUGGAGAUGAAGCUCAAAGCAAACGUGGUAUCCUUACAUUGAAAUACCCAAUUGAACAUGGAAUCAUCACAAACUGGGAUGACAUGGAAAAAAUCUGGCAUCACACAUUCUACAAUGAAUUGCGUGUCGCCCCCGAGGAACACCCAGUUCUCUUGACUGAAGCCCCAUUGAACCCAAAAGCUAACCGCGAGAAGAUGACACAAAUCAUGUUUGAAACAUUCAACUCACCAGCCAUGUAUGUCGCCAUCCAAGCCGUUCUCUCAUUGUACGCUUCAGGUCGUACCACCGGUAUUGUUUUGGAUUCAGGUGAUGGUGUUUCACACACAGUCCCCAUCUAUGAAGGUUACGCACUCCCACAUGCCAUCCUUCGUUUGGAUUUGGCUGGUCGUGACUUGACCGAUUACUUGAUGAAGAUCUUGACCGAACGUGGUUACUCAUUCGUCACAACAGCUGAACGUGAAAUCGUUCGUGACAUCAAGGAGAAGUUGUGCUAUGUUGCCUUGGACUUCGAACAAGAAAUGGCCACUGCUGCCGCUUCCACUUCACUCGAAAAGUCAUAUGAAUUGCCUGAUGGUCAAGUUAUCACCAUCGGUAAUGAACGUUUCCGUUGCCCAGAAUCUCUCUUCCACCCUUCAUUCUUGGGUAUGGAAUCAUGCGGUAUCCACGAAACUGUCUAUAACUCAAUCAUGAAGUGCGACGUUGAUAUCCGUAAGGACUUGUACGCUAACACAGUCAUGUCAGGUGGUACCACCAUGUACCCUGGUAUUGCUGAUCGUAUGCAAAAAGAAAUCACUGCCUUGGCUCCAUCUACCAUUAAGAUUAAGAUCAUUGCCCCACCAGAGCGUAAAUACUCCGUAUGGAUCGGUGGAUCAAUCUUGGCUUCCCUCUCAACCUUCCAACAAAUGUGGAUCUCCAAGGAAGAAUACGACGAAUCCGGUCCAGGCAUUGUUCACCGCAAAUGCUUCUAAAUUAUUUCGCAAUGUCAUCGAAAUUGUCAUCAAUCAUUUGAUGUUACAAUUUUACUCUUCAUUAUUUUUAUUCAGCUUCUUAUCAUCCAUUCAAUAUUUUUAAUUGACCCACUGAAGGGAUAAAAACUUUUUUUCCUUUGAUUCAAUCAUAAGUUAUCGAAGAAAUGAAUUUGAAUGAAUGAAGUUAAGUGUGAUAACAUCUUUGAUCGGUUUUACCCUUAAACAAAGCAACAACAAAGCAACAGACUUCGAGACAAAGGAAAAUACUUAAAAUCAUUAAAAAUUUGUGUGCAAUUAUUAAAAACAGGAAAGGAAACAUUUAACUUUGUUACAUUCAAAAUGGCGACUAAGUGAAAUUUUUAAUCGCAAAAUUAACAUCAAUCAACCAAAGAACAAAACAAAUUAUAAGAUUAAGGGCAAGCUUUUGUUAUGUAUUAACUAUAUUUAUAGAGAACGAUACAAUCAAGGUAGAACUUAAAUAAAUGUCACAACAAAUUUUCAUCUCGAAAUUGAAGGAAAAUUUA